AUGAGCUUCUUUAGACGUCAUGGACCCUCCGUACUAAAAUUCGCCAAAAUCACAUUUCAAUUUGGAUGUUUUGCACAUUGCUUCAAUUCCUAUGUAGCCGAAGUAACUUGGUGUGUUGGACCUUCUAUGCUACCUAGUUUCAACAUGUCAGGCAUAGUGGCAGUAGAGCAUAUUACACAUCACUUUAGAGAUUUAGAGAUCGGCGAUGUUGUUAUUUGCAUGUCACCAGCGAAACCAGGUAGAUCUGUGUUAAAGCGAGUGAUAGGCUUACCUGGAGAUAAUAUAUGCGAGGAUCCAACAGUACAAGAUAGAAAAUACGUCAAUGUGCCUCCUGGCCAUGUUUGGGUUGGUGGUGACAAUCUGAGCAAUUCAACAGAUUCACGAACAUAUGGGCCGGUCGCGAUGGGAUUGAUCAAAGGAAGAGUGUUUGCCAAGGUCUGGCCAGAUGUCGAAUUACUCAAGAACAACCUUGUGCCCGUAGAAUAA